UAGGCCCCGGCCCGCGUGGUGUGGUCACUAGCGCAUGCGUGCAGUUGACGUUUGACUUUCGAACGGUAUUGAGUGAUUUAAAAACGGCGUAAAUUUUGGCGGGAUAUUUGACAGUGACGAAUGAUAUUUACAAUAUUGUGAAAUGUGUAGAUUUUUAACAAAUUAAAUAAUAGUAAUGUUAUAGCUGUUAGUGAAAGUGCAAUUAAAAUUUAAAAUGAAGUUGCAGUGUUUGUUUGGUGGAUUUUUAUGUCUUGCUGCUAUGAUAGAUGUAGUGACGCCGCUCUGCGUACUGGAAUCAGAUUUUGGCUUCAAAAUAAACUGCGCCUUCAAGAAAUCGGGUCUCUUCAGAGUACGGAAUCUUGGUGGAGUUAAAGCACACGCUAGUUUAGGUUUCAGUUUUGGUGACGAACUUGGUUUUGACCAGUCCUUAACCAACCAGGAUCCGAGUCGAAGAAGAUCUGUAAGUUUAAAGAAUGGAGCACCAAAUAUCCUUGUGGAUACUACAAAUAGACCUGCUAAGCAAGAGAAACGGGGCAAACAGAACAGGAUUAUGAUGCGGCCGGUACCUCAACCAGGUCGCCCUAAUCAAGCGGCUAUGAAUAAACUAAGUACUUUGCACAAACGUGUCACAACCACCAUGCAACCAAUCAUCGUUUCUGGACCAAUUGGCCCGAACAGGGCACAACCAACAAUCACUAUGGCAAAGCCAAUGGCCAUGGGGGUACCCGCUUUCAAACCGCUACCCCCUAAAGAAGAAACUCUCAAAGUUCUACCCAUCGCAACAAGAAAAACUUUCUCGCCACUAGAUGUACCCCAAGGAAUGACGUAUGAAAGUGAGAAUAAACCAAUUUUACAUGAUAAUGUAUCUAAAAUGGUAUCACAAAUGCGCAUCAAACCCACCAAAUCGGUUAAUCCAUUCGUACCCAUGCCAGCACCGAAUCAGCGGUUUUCCCCCAUUUCUAACAUACCAUCAACUUACAACCCCACUUCUAACUUACCAUCAAACUUUAACCCCACUUCUAACUUACCAUCAAACUUUAACCCCACUUCUAACUUACCAUCAAACUUUAACCCUUCUUAUAGCAUACCAGCCACCUUUAAUCCCGCUUCUAAUUUUAUAGACCCAGUCUCCCACCAAGUGCAAGAUUUGGCAUACAAUACUAAGAAAGUUGACGAUUAUAACAGCAUAAGUGGAUAUAGCGAUGAUACGACAUUAAAGCUAAAUAAGGAAGAUAUAAAUACUAAAAUCGCUGAAAUUGCAAAAGCUGGAAAUAUUUCUAUGGAAGCAGUAGAAGCGGCGAUAGCGUUGAGGCAACAGCAGUUGUUAAAUAAAUACGCGAAUAUUCAAAUACCAACAACAACGACGACUUCAGAGCCCCCUGUUGUUUUUGAGUUAGAACCGGAACCGGAAAUCAUCGUUGCGCCACCACCACAGAAACCUAAGAGGAACCCAACGUUAGGGAAAGUAAUGAAUGCCCCAAGAGAGUAUUAUCCUGUUGGUUACGAGAAGAACUUUGAUGACCACUUCCAGUCCAAGGUGGACCUUCCUGACACCAACUUCCACUGUGGGGACCAGAAGUACUUCCCUGGAUUGUAUGGAGAUGAGAACCUUGGUUGUAUGGUGUUCCACGUUUGUGCAUUAACAGACGAUGGACUGGUAAUGAAAUCUUUCCUCUGCCCGGAGUCCACUCUCUUCGACCAAACCAUUCUUAAAUGCAACUGGUGGUUCUACGUCGACUGCAAGAACACCGCUUCCUUAUAUGACACUAAUAUACCUGUAUCUAAAAGUUAUCAGCUGAUGAAAGCGCUGACAUUCUUCAGCUCGUAUAAGAAGGAAAUUGAGGAUGGUCAUCCAACGAAUCCAGAAGACGUCGGCGGCAUCAAAGAUGCAAUAACCAUUCUAGAAAACCAUGAUUUAAAAACAUCCGAUACAGAAAAAGUAGAAAUUAUAACUCCAUCACCGACACCAAUCAUUGACGAAAGACAUAAUAAAAGAGAAGAAAUGGCACCAGUCUAUCGUGGGAAUAGAAAAUUAAAUAAUACAAGAGAUACAAAUGACUUCAGAUUAAUUACAGUAGGAGCCGGAAUCAAUUUUAAUUCCACAAAAAAAUCAGAAAGACGAAGACUUGCAUAUAGGUUUAAUAGAAAUUCUACGACUACAGCAAUCCCUUCUUCUACUGAAACAACAACAGUAGAAGAAAAGCCAAAAGAAAAUCCAAGUGUUGAAAAAGAAGAAAAGUUAACAGACCAAAUAGAAUCGGAUACAUUAUUAAAGGAAGCGGAAACCGCAGCGCCAGUAAGGAGAUUUUAUAGAUCAAGCGCGGAGAAGGAAAUAGCUAUAAUUAAUAAUGAGAAAGUUCAAAUUGUUAGACCAACUCAAAUUAGAUCUACGUCUAUACUAGAUGAAGCGGUGUUAGGCAAAUCGUAUGCGCGGUUUAAAAGGGAUGUCUUAAGAAUACCUCAUAGUCUAUAGUCCAAAUAGGUAAAUUUUAGUGUCAUAUAACUUAUUUAUUUUCUUGAUAGGGAGCUGGUCGUUUACUGUUAGAUAUUUUGGCUUUUGUAUUUAGACUUUUUUUAGCCAUAGACAUAACAUUUAUUACAAACGAAAACACACACACAUAAACACACAAAAUAACAAUACUUAAAAAAAAAAUAAGACAUUUUAAUUUCCCAAAAAAAUUUUUUAAAUUUGAACUCUAUAUUUAGACCUUAUAUUUUAGUAGUUGAUUUAAAUGUUUGGUCUGUGGGUGAAAUCAUCAAAUCAUUCAUUUAAAAAAUCGAGGCA